AUGUAAAGUGAUCACCUCGUGGAUGUUCCACAUAAUUUAUGAGAACAUGUGUUGCGUUUAAGAUAAAUUUAGGCCUAAAAUGUAGUUUUUGCCCAUAGUCGCCGUAAUAUGUUAAGUUCAGGUUACACUAGUUUAGCUACGUAAUAGUGAGAAGCCCAAGACUCGCUUGAGAAUGCGCGAAGAGCCUGAGAUUUCCCUGCAGUCGGCUGCACGCUUGCCAAUAUUUCCGACAACUCAACAAAAAGGGAAAUCCAACCAGCACGACCAUGCCACGUCGUACGAUCGAACAGUCACCUGCAUACACCCAUCGAGAGCGGAGCCUCGCUCGAUCGCGUCUCGCCAGCCGACAUCAGCAGCUCGCCGAGCCGGAUAAAUCAGCGCUCGGAAACGGUAAUUUACGUAAGGGGCACGAGGCCGGACAGGACGGCACGAUACGCCGCAAAACCCGAACGAAACUACCGAUUGGCAAGCCGUCCAGCGAGCGUCCCAAAAGUGUCUGGUUCACCUCACCAAGCUCGUGACGCCAAGGUCGACGGCGAAACACCGCCAGCCGCGUUUGAGGCCCGACGCGCACACGGAGGCACGCCAGCGCCGUGUCGAAGGACGAGCCCGAUCUAAAGCGGACGCGCGAGGCAGAACUCGAGAGUGGAGGCGGCAGGAGAGACGCAUCGCAUGCCAAAAACCACAAGAGAUCGAGGGUCACCACAAACACGCGCACGACUGAAGCGAGAUUCAGUGUCAAGGUCACGCCGACGAGGAAGCAAGUCUGAGAACGGUGCUCGAAGCACGCGGAACACCACUAGAGGACCUGAAGCUCAAAAGAACGCCCCCGAACCGUACGGGGGCGUUUAUACACCGUUUGUUUUGUGCUCGAGGGCCGACCGACUGCACAGGUCGUGCCGCGGCAGUUUUGUCAGCGAAUACCAUCGGCGGAGAUCGAGUAGAGGCGUCGAGAAGAGGCCGUCGAAGUCGCGCGUGGCGCCAGGACACGGAGGGUGCCAACGUCGUACGCAAACGCCCAAACAUCGCCCACCGAGAAGCACGAGUUUGGCACGCAAGCACACCAGCACGUGGCGCGCAAGCACGCACGUACGCAGAGCGCGUCGCGAGGACGCGGAGCGCGUGGUGCGAACGCGACGCCGAGGCUGGAGCACGAGCUGAUCGACGGGGGCCAGGACGUGCGGCUACGGCAUGGCGGCAGAAAGCGCGCGAGGACGGGUAGGGAUUAGAUGGGCCCAUCUGUGAGUGAGUAGGAAGACAUGUGUUGUCCAUUAGCGUAAGAAAGCAGGGAACAGAGUUUGGCAGGAGAAACAUUAUUAUGUAAACUACUAGAAUAAAACAUGGCAACUUAGUUCACACGCA